AUGGGCGAAAACACCCCCAAGUUGGAGAAAGUCGAAAAAUAUAACAAGCUGUCAAAUAGUUCAAGUCCCAAAAGAACUGUCUCUCUUCCGGACGAGUACCGAACUUCGACUUUGCAGGGCCUACGAGGGUACUUGCUGAAAAGUGGUCACCUACCGAAGCAAUAUCAUAGCAAUCCAUUCUGCAAAGAAGACGGCGCUAUUGUCACCGAUGACACCACGUUCAAUGAUUAUGCUAAGAUGAACGAUGAUGCGGGCGGCGAGAAAGAUGGCAUAACGGAGUUCAAACUAUACUACAAGACGGUGAAAGCUCCGUCGGGUAUGGAUGACACAUCGAAGGAGUUUCUGGCUAAAGGCCAGGACCUAAGUGUGAGGGAUCAAAUGGCGUUCUUGAAUCCGACCCUCAACAAAUUGGAGUCAAAAUUCAAAUCGGAUAGCUGGAAGGCCUCUGCAGGCAAAGUAGACACUCACGCGGCGGAUAUGGAUGAGCGCCAAAGGGGUAUCGUGAUGCGAAAUAACGAUUUACUCAGUGGUAAAUUCUUUGGAGGAGGAGAUUCCAAUGACAAGAUAGCAACACCCACAAGGGUUAGCCGAGCUCGAUACACUGGAAAGAAAAUUCCUGAGUAUAACAUCACUUUCAAGUCUUCGGUAACACCUCCAGAGGCACCCGAGAUCAAAUUCCGCAUCCCCCGCUAUCAGAUCUGUGACAGCUCUAAAGUUGAGGUAUUUGAAACGCAAAGUUCAAUUUCUGCCUCAAUGGCAGGGAACGCAUUCAGUCAGACGACCAUCGAAGCUUCUGCAGGAGGCGGCGCUUUCGGUGUGAGCGUUGGAGUCAAAGCAGGUGCCACUACCAGUGAAUCCAGCAGUUAUGACUAUGCAUCAGCCAAAGAUGAGAAAUGCAUGCAUAUAUCUUACAUGUUCCCCCGUGCCGACAUUUUCCUGGAGGCCGAAGACCUCGAAUUGACGGAAGAGUGUCAUGUUUUUGUCCCCCAUGUGCAAAUUGGUGGCCGCCUCUACUCAGUGGAAAAUACUAAAAGCAUUGCCGGGUCCAGCACUGAAGAGAAGGCAUCUGCGCUCAAGGCAGCCGCAAGUGCUUCCGUAUCUGGAUUCGGAUUCCAAGCCGAAGUCAGUGCCAGUCAUGAAACAACCGAGAACUCGAAGGUGGAAAAAUCAAACAGCAGCUCAAUGCACUCGAUUACCCCUCCUGCCUGGUGUCCCACGGUUCAAUCAUACUACAAUUGGAGAGUGAUGAAUCAAAUCCGGAUGAUCGACAUCGUUAAGCUGAUUGGUCAACUCAAGGGGUACGAAGACAUUCCGAGACACUUUGAACGGAUCUACUACUCGGCAGUCGAAUUCAAGAUCUGCCUGUGGGAUGCUGCGGGAGGGGCCGAUGUGUCACCAUAUCUUUCACUCCUUAACAACGAACAUGUCAUCGAGUCCUCAGAUGGUGGAGGCGGGAAUUACUCUCGUCGCGCCAAAAGACACGCGCUUAAAAAGACCUGGGGCGAUGGUGAGCACAUGAAGGAUGUUUCGAUGCAAAUUAGCGCACUGAAAGAUCAGCUGGUAUGGGAGGGUGCUGGAUACAAAACAGCAGGGUUUAAGUAUGGUGUGCACUACCCAAUGCGAUUCGUUAAGAGAGACUCGAACGGUCAACGGCUGAUCUACGGCGUUCGGCGGACCACCUUGGAGGAACGCUACCAGAAACCCAAUUACCUUUACGGAGGACUUUACGAAGAACCAAAUGUCUUGGUCAUGUUCAGAAAUGUGGAAGACGACACGGCUGCAGGCCGAGCUGAUAAGAUCUGUUCCACUGACCAAGUUCGAAUGGACUUCUACGAGGCCCGCACGAGAGAACACAUUGGAUGGUUACAAAACGACGGGGUUAUCGCCUACAUUGAGACGGGUUGGAGUCGCAACAAUCCCUCCGAGCGGAAGUUCAAGUUUUACUAUAUCUGA